AUGUCCAAAGGCAAUCAUUCAGCAGUGUCUGAGUUUAUCCUCCUGGGGCUCACAGAAAAUGCAGAGGUGCAAGCCAUUCUCUUUGGUGUCUUCCUGGUCGUUUACCUCACCAGUGUCGUGAGUAAUCUCGGUCUGAUUGUGCUAAUCCAAGUCAGUCCUCAGCUUCACACACCCAUGUAUUUUUCCCUCAGCCAUCUGGCUGCUAUUGAUUUUACUUUUACUUCAUCUGUCACCCCAAACAUGUUGAUGAAUUUUCUGCGUGAAAUUACAAGCAUAACGUUUUAUGCCUGUGCCAUUCAGGUAUGCUGCUUCAUCACAUUUUUAGUGUGUGAAUUAUAUUUGCUCUCAAUCAUGGCCUAUGAUCGCUAUGUGGCCAUCUGUAAUCCUUUACUUUAUGUCAUCCUCAUGCCCAGGAAACUCUGUAUUCGAAUGAUUGCUAGCACAUAUGUUUAUGGAUUCACCGUAGGCCUCGUACAGACAGUGGGGACGUUUCGCUUAUCUUUUUGUGACUCCAACAUGGUCAACCACUUCUACUGCGAUGACGUUCCUUUAAUCGCUCUGGCCUGCUCUGACACGCACAUCAAGGAACUGAUGUUGUUUAUCAUUGCCGGGAUUAAUAUCCUUUGCUCUCUAGUGAUUGUGCUAAUUUCUUAUCUCUUCAUCUUCUUCACCAUCCUGAGGAUUCACUCCGCUGAAGGAAGACAGAAAGCGUUUUCCACCUGUGCCUCCCACCUGACCUGCAUCACAAUGUUUUAUGGAACAAUCAUUUUUAUGUACCUGCAGCCCAAGUCAAGCCAUUCUCUCAACUUAGAUAAAUUCGCUUCAGUGUUCUACGUGGUUGUGAUUCCCAUGUUAAACCCACUGAUUUAUAGCUUGAGAAAUCAGGAUGUAAAAAGCGCACUGAAGAGAAUUAUAGAAAAGUUGUGUUUGACUAUCAAAUAA